GAAAAAGAAUUAAUUUUGAGCAUGAGAAAGGGCAUCGAACUCCACAUGAGAAAUGAGUGGUACGAUAACAUGUUCCAAGGAAAACGGCCAGAUAAUUGCGUGCGAGCAUCACAAAAUACGCGCGCGAAUUUUAUUUCAUGUACCCAGGAAAAAAAAAAAACCAUAGUACAGGUUUGUGUGACGUAGUCUACCAAAGCUACACUACUACUACUACUACUACUACUACUACUACUACUACUACUACUACUACUACUACUACUAGGAGAUGGUGGCCCAAUUUCCAGUUAAUUUUGGGGGUCAUUUUACUGUGAAUUAACUCGUACGAAUCGUACGAACGGUCGUACGAAUGAAUUUCGAAAUUAAUAUUCGGGUCAAGCGUCUUACCGUCGCCAGGAAUCAGUCAACGACUUUCACAAGCCACUCAAAAAGAGUCCAAACCGGGAACGGCAUCAAAUCAAAGUACGGCACAGCAGAAGCCGAUGCGCGAUAAUAUCUAUUCUUUUUGGAGACACCUGUUUUGCAAAUGAUAGCCAUCACUCGCUGGUUGCGACAGUGACAGCACCAGUGCAAAACAGCAUCCACAUCAAAAGCAGUUGAUACCACACAUCACUCGCAACUUAUUUUAACCAAUCGAGACAAAGAAUAAGAUUACGAAGAAGAACAAAUAGAGAAACACCAGUUCAGAUUCACUGAGGUUUCGCAUAUCAAAGCACAAAUUACUAUUCCUUAUCAGCGCAACUAAUUGAAAUUGAAAUAUGUCAGGACGAGGAUAUGGACGGUGAGUUAAAUCAGCAGCGAAAGCGCCAACCGUAGAAUUAACCUUAGGAAGGGCAUGUUAGACAUCGCAGUUCCGAUCGAUUGCUCACCUUUUGUCGCCUUACUCUGUUUUUGGAAUUGAAGUGGCGGAGGCCGUGGUGGUCGUGGGGGCUUUGGCCGCGGAGGUGGCCGAGGCAGAGGAGGCGGUCGCGGUGGAGGUCGUGGCGGAAGAGGCGGUGGCCGUGGGGGACGGUAAGUACGAGUGUGUUCUUUAGUCUUCGCCUUGAAUGAGUGCGGAAUCGAUCUUUGACGCUAAUAGGUGCAAACAAUAUUUCUUGUUUCAACUCUUCAGUGGCGGAGGCCGCGGUGGUAGAGGCGGACGAGGAGGCCGAGGUGGCAGGGGAGGAGGUAUGAAAGGUGGCUCCAAGGUUGUCGUUGAACCCCAUCGUCACGAGGGAAUUUUCGUAGCUCGCGGCAAGGAAGAUGCAUUGGUCACACUAAACUCCACUCCCGGUGUUGCCGUAUACGGAGAAAAGAGAAUCAGUGUCGAGACGCCAUCCAAAGAACCGGGUGGUGCCGCCGUAAAAACAGAAUACCGUGUUUGGAAUCCCUUCCGAUCGAAGAGUAAGUUUGGACCAAAAAAGGAAUUUUCCCAAAGCUUUCUAUUGUGAUUGUGCUUGUGCUUGUGCUUGUGUUUGUGCUUGUGAAAGACCACGCUCACAUCCUGCUUUUUCUCUGAAAAAAAGUCGCUGCGGCAGUUCUGGGUGGUGUCGAUAAUAUCUGGAUCAAGCCGGGCUCGAAAGUUCUUUACAUCGGUGCCGCUGCCGGAACCUCCGUUUCUCAUGUUUCAGACAUUGUUGGAAAGGAUGGCGCAGUUUAUGCCGUAGAAU